AUGAAAGAUACAUCAGACACAAAUUCAUGCUUCAAGUUUCUUGAACACCAUUUAGUGCUUCAAAGAUUCAAAAGAUUGAAUGGAUUGAAAGGAAGCUGUUUUAAUAAAGUAAAAGAUGUUGAAAUUGAAAAGGGUAUUUGUGGUUUGAGGGUAUGUAAGGUUUGUGAAAAGUCAACGUUGACUUUGAAGAUGCUGAUUUGUGAUCUUUGUGAAGAGUCUUUUCAUAUGUCUUGUUGUAAUCUAAAGAAGGUUCCUGUUGGUGAUUGGUUUUGUCAUUCUUGUUUAAGAAAAAAACUCAAGAAAAUGGAGGGAAAAUCGCCAAAAGGUUAUUUUGGUCCAAUUGUGGAUAUGUUAAGAGAUGUUGAUUGUUAUAAGUCGGAUGCUCGUAUUGGUAAAGAUUUUCAAGCAGAGGUUCCUGAUUGGUCUGGCCCACUUAUCGACCAGCUUAAUGAUUACCACAACUUGUCUUCAGAAAUAAACCCUUCAGAUUCUGCUACUUAUCAAGAUUGGGAUUCCAGCAAGCUUUCUAGACUCAACUGUAUUGGAAAUUGGAUUCAAUGUAGAGAAAUUGUUGAUCAUGAAAAUGGAAUUGUUUGUGGAAAAUGGAGAAGGGCUCCUCUUUUUGAAGUUCAAAGUGAUAAUUGGGAGUGUUUCAGUUCUGUGUUGUGGGACCCAAUCCAUGCUGAUUGUGCUGUUCCUCAGGAGCUCAGUACUGAUCAAGUUCUGAAGCAGUUGAAGUAUAUAGAGAUGUUGAGGCCAAGGUUAUCAGCAAAAAGGUGGAAGUUGAGAGUUCACAAGGGUGUAGAUGGAGAAGAGCAUACAGGGGACACAAGAAAUACACAAAAGUCAUAGAUUUCAUGUAUCUAACAAAUUUUAUGCAUAUAUUUUGUUUUUUGCUAACUUUACUUGGCAAGAAUUUUGCCAUAUUAUUCAAAGAAUGUGUUAUAUGGUUGAUUAACAUUGAAACAUGCUAACAAAAUGUUAUAUUAUAGGUCCCACCUCCAAACUUUUUAUGACACAGAAUUACUUAAACGGUUU